UCUGCACCCGACAGGAUGCGCCGGUCUGGCCUCGGUGGCCACCGCCCCCUCCUCCUGCUGCUGCUGCUCUCAGCCGCCACCUCUGCUAGCGGCCCCAGCCCCAGCCCUACCCCCAGCUCUAGCCAGGCCGUCGAGGACACGGUGGUCCCGGGCCACCAGGCUGGCGUUGCUGCCUGCCGCUGCUGCCUCGGCCAGACACCUAGGAGGGGCCGCUGCACUAGAGCUUCUUGCAGGGCCCGGAACUGCCCACCUGACAGGUGCACAGGUCUCCAGGGGUGCCUGACCCCAACACCACCAGUGCCCAGCCCCAGCCCCGCGGAGAAGAGACAAGUGUCCCUCAACUGGCAGCCGCUGACUUUGCAGGAGGCCCGAGCUCUGCUGAGGCAAAGGCGGCCCCGAGGGCCGUGGACCCGGGCAUUGCUGAAAAGGAGGCCCCCACAUCGCGCCCCUGCCGGCCAGUCCCGGGACCUAUGUCCCUUGAUCUGUCACAACGGUGGUGUGUGUGUGAAGCCUGACCGUUGCCUCUGUCCCCCGGAUUUCGCUGGCAAAUUCUGUCAAUUGCAUUCCUCGGGGGCCCGGCCCCCGGCCCCAGCCAUGCCGGGCCUUACGCGCUCCGUGUACACCAUGCCACUAGCCAAUCACCGCGAUGACGAACAUGGUGUGGCAUCGAUGGUGAGCGUGCACGUGGAGCACCCUCAGGAGGCCUCGGUGGUGGUGCACCAGGUGGAACGUGUGUCGGGCCCCUGGGAAGAGGCGAACCCUGAAGCCCUAGCCAGGGCUGAAGCGGCAGCACGGGCCGAGGCGGCGGCGCCCUACACAGUGCUGGCACAGAGCGCGCCACGCGAGGACGGCUACUCAGACGCCUCUGGCUUCGGUUACUGUUUCAGGGAAUUGCGCGGAAGCGAAUGUGCGUCGCCGCUGCCCGGGCUCCGGACUCAGGAAGUAUGCUGCCGAGGGGAGGGCUUGGCCUGGGGUGUUCAUGAUUGUCAGCCGUGCUCGGAACACCUGGGGAACUCCAACCCAGUGAAUGGCCCAAAUGGACCAUGUCCAACCGGCUUCGAGAGGGUUAAUGGGUCCUGCGUAGAUGUGGAUGAGUGUGCCACAGGUGGGCGUUGCCAACACGGGGAGUGUGCCAACACUCGUGGCGGGUACACGUGUGUGUGUCCGGACGGUUUCCUGCUGGACUCUUCCCGAAGCAGCUGUAUCUCCCAACACGUGAUCUCGGAGGCAAAGGGGCCCUGCUACCGAGUGCUCCACGAUGGCGGAUGCUCGCUGCCCAUUCUCCGAAAUAUCACCAAACAAAUCUGCUGCUGUAGCCGUGUGGGCAAGGCUUGGGGCCGCGGCUGCCAGCUCUGCCCACCCUAUGGUUCAGAGGGUUUUCGGGAGAUCUGCCCAGCUGGCCCUGGUUACCACUAUUCAGCCUCUGACCUCCGCUACAACACCAGACCCCUGAGCCAGGAUCCACUUCGAGUGGACUUCACUCAACCACGUGCCCCACCAGCCACUGCUCGGCCACCCGCAGGCUUUCUGCCCACUCGGCCUCGGCCUGAACCCAGGCCACGGCCUGAACCCCAGCCACGGCCUGAACCCCAGCCACGGCCUGAAUCUCGGCCUCGGCCUGAACCCCAGCCACGGCCUGAAUCUCGGCCACGGCCUGAACCCCAGCCUCGGCCUGAACCCCAGCCUCGGCCUGAACCCCGACCUGGUCCUGAAUUUCCCCUGCCCAGCACCCCUGCUUGGACUGGUCCAGAGAGUCCUGAAUCAGGUCCUUCCUCCAGGGUGUGCCAGCGCAAUCCCCAGGUCUGUGGUCCUGGACGCUGCGUUCCCCGGCCCAGUGGCUACACCUGUGCGUGUGACCCAGGUUUCCGGCUCAGCCCCCAGGGCACUCGCUGCGUAGACGUAGAUGAAUGUCGCCGCGUGCCUAUGCCCUGUGCUCCUGGGCGCUGCGAGAACACACCAGGCAGCUUUCGCUGCGUUUGCGGCACUGGCUUCCGUGCGAGCCCGCGGGCUACAGAGUGCCUGGAUGUGGACGAGUGCCAGCGCGUGCCGCCGCCGUGUGACCGCGGGCGCUGCGAGAACAAGCCAGGCAGUUUCCUAUGUGUGUGUCCCGCCGGAUACCAGGCAGCACCGCACGGAGCCAGCUGCCAGGAUGUGGACGAAUGCACCCAGAGCCCAGGCCUCUGCGGCCGCGGGGCCUGCGAAAACCUGCCCGGCUCUUUCCGCUGUGUUUGCCCGGCUGGCUUCCGGGGCUCGACGUGUGAAGAAGAUGUGGACGAGUGUGCCCAGCAGCCUCCACCCUGUGGGCCAGGCCGCUGCGACAACACUGCGGGCUCAUUCCACUGUGCCUGCCCAGCUGGCUUCCGCUCCCGAGGACCAGGGGCCCCCUGCCAAGAUGUGGAUGAGUGUGCCCGGAGCCCCUCGCCCUGCGCCUAUGGCCGUUGUGAGAACACAGAAGGAAGCUUCCAGUGUGUCUGCCCUACAGGCUUCCAAGCCAAUGCUGCGGGCUCUGAGUGCGAGGAUGUGGACGAGUGUGAGAACCACCUGGCGUGUCCUGGGCAGGAGUGUGUGAACUCACCGGGCUCCUUCCAAUGCCGGGCUUGCCCUGUUGGCCACCACCUGCACCGUGGCAGAUGUACUGAUGUGGACGAAUGCAGUUCGGGCACCCCUUGUGGUCUCCACGGCCAGUGCACCAACACUGAGGGUUCCUUCCACUGCAGCUGCGCUCCAGGUUACAGGGCACCAUCUGGUCGACCUGGGCCUUGUGCAGACAUAAAUGAGUGUCUGGAAGGCGACUACUGCUUCCCCCACGGAGAGUGCCUCAACACCGACGGCUCCUUUGCCUGUACCUGUGCCCCUGGCUACCGGCCUGGACCUCGCGGAGCUUCUUGUCUGGACGUGGACGAGUGCAGCGAAGAGGACCUUUGUCAGAGCGGCAUCUGCACCAACACUGACGGCUCCUUCGAGUGCGUCUGUCCUCCUGGACACCGGGCUGGCCCAGAUCUCGCCUCCUGCCUUGACAUUGACGAAUGUCGUGAACGGGGACCUGCCCUGUGCGGGUCUCAGCGCUGUGAAAAUUCCCCGGGCUCCUACCGCUGUGUGCGGGACUGCGAUCCUGGUUACCACCCUGGCCCUGAGGGCACCUGUGAUGAUGUGGAUGAGUGCCAGGAAUACGGCUCUGCAAUUUGUGGAGCGCAGCGCUGUGAGAACACCCCUGGCUCCUACCGCUGCACGCCAGCCUGCGACCCUGGCUAUCAGCCCACCCCAGGGGGCGGGUGCCAGGAUGUGGAUGAGUGCCGGAACCGGUCCUUUUGUGGUGCCCACGCCGUGUGCCAGAACCUACCUGGCUCCUUCCAGUGCGUCUGUGACCAAGGCUAUGAAGGCGCACGGGACGGACGUCACUGCGUGGAUGUGAACGAGUGCGAGACACUACAGGGUGUGUGUGGCUCUGCCCUGUGUGAGAAUGUCGAAGGUUCCUUCCUGUGUGUCUGCCCCACCGGCCCUGAGGAGUUUGACCCCAUGACUGGGCGCUGUGUUCCUCCACGGACUUCUGCCGGCACGUUCCCAGGCUCACAGCCCCAAGCACCUGCCAGUCCCAAUCUUCCAGCCAGGCCUCCACCCCCACCCCCACCUCGAAGACCCAGCCCUCCCAGGCAGGGUCCUGUGAGCAGUGGGCGCCGAGAGUGCUACUUUGACACAGCGGCUCCAGAUGCGUGUGACAAUAUCUUGGCCCGAAAUGUGACGUGGCAGGAAUGUUGCUGUACUGUGGGUGAAGGCUGGGGCAGUGGCUGCCGUAUCCAGCAGUGCCCGGGCACUGAGACGGCUGAGUACCAGUCAUUAUGUCCUCACGGCCGGGGCUACCUGGUGCCCAGUGGAGACCUGAGUGCCCGGAGAGAUGUGGAUGAAUGCCAGCUCUUCCAGGACCAGGUGUGCAAGAGCGGAGUGUGUGUGAACACCGCCCCAGGCUACUCUUGCUAUUGCAGCAACGGCUUCUACUAUCAUGCACAGCGGCUGGAAUGCGUUGAUAAUGACGAAUGCGCAGACGAGGAGCCUGCAUGUGAAGGCGGCCGCUGCGUCAACACAGUGGGCUCUUACCACUGCACCUGCGAGCCCCCACUGGUGCUGGACGGCUCCCGGCGCCGCUGCGUCUCCAACGAGAGCCAGAGCCUCGAUGACAAUCUGGGAGUAUGCUGGCAGGAGGUGGGGCCUGAUCUUGUUUGCAGUCGCCCACGACUAGACCGCCAGGCCACCUACACAGAGUGCUGCUGCCUCUACGGCGAAGCCUGGGGUAUGGACUGUGCGCUCUGCCCUGCCCAGGACUCAGAUGAUUUCGAGGCGCUUUGCAAUGUGCUGCGCCCCCCUGCGUAUGGCCCACCGCGUCCAGGCGGCUUUGGACUCCCCUACGAAUAUGGCCCAGAUAUAGGCCCACCUUACCAGAGUCUCCCUUACGGGCCAGACCUGUAUCCACCACCUGUACUACCCUAUGACCCUUACCCACCCCCUCCUGGACCCUUUGCCCGCCGGGAGGCCCCUUAUGGCACCCCACCCUUCGACAUGCCGGACUUCGAGGAUGAUGGUGGCCCCUAUGGUGAGUCGGAGGCUCCUGCUCCACCCAGCCGAGGCACUGGCUGGCCAUAUCGGUCCAGAGACACCCGUGGUUCCUUCCCAGAGCCUGAGGAGUCCUCUGAGCGUGGAGGCUAUACAGGAGCCUUGGCUGAGCCCUAUGAAGGCCUGGAGGCUGAGGAGUGCGGGAUCCUGGACGGCUGUGCCCAUGGCCGCUGUGUGCGCGUUCCCGAAGGCUUUACCUGUGACUGUUUCGAUGGCUACCGCCUGGACAUCACCCGCAUGUCCUGUGUCGACAUCAACGAGUGUGAUGAGGCUGAGGCAACCUCCCCACUCUGCGUCAAUGCACGCUGCGUCAAUACCGAUGGCUCCUUCCGAUGCGUCUGCCGCCCAGGAUUUGCACCCACGCACCAACCACAUCACUGUGCGCCUGCGCGACCCCCGGGCCUGAGCACCUGUGCCUGGCAUCCCGUUACGCCUGUGCACUGGGAGCUUCCAGAGCACGCCUGCCUUCCUCUAGUCUGCAAGUGAGCAAGGAUGUCAGCCAGUCUGGAUUUAGGAUGGACAGACACAGAGGGAUGCCUUUCACUGCUCCGGUCAUUCCCAGCCCCUCCCACCGGCGCCUUGGGCCUGGCAUGGUCCAGUCCUGGGUCCUCCGUCAUAUUCCUUGCCCUUUUAUAAAAUUUUCAAUUAAAACACCUAUUUUGUA